UGAGUGAUUAGUCAUUUCUUCUCUUCUCACAUUUCAAUUACGACACCCACUACCGUCCAUUACCAUUCCACCCAUAAAUCCCCCUCUCUCUCAUUCUUCUUCUCCAUUCUCUAUUUGUCUUUGUAUUUGGAGUCUGUGAGGUAAGGUGGAGGUGGGUCUGGUCCCCAUUUUGAAAUCUAUGGAAGGAAUAUAAAUUCGGAGAAACUAGUUGAAAAACUCUGAAACUCUUCUGAUUUUGAUUGUGAUGGCUUCUUCAUUCACCGCAAUUCCCGAUGUGAAAUCGAACCCAUUGCGCAAAAAGCGAAGGAAAAUGGGGACGGAAACCCAGUCCCAAAUGAAUACAAUAGAGACGACGGGUCGUUCUACAUGGAAAACCGAGACAGAGCAACAAAUCUACUCGUCGAAGCUCGUCCGCGCUCUCCGCCAUCUCCGCCGUUCAGGCUCCUCGUCUCCCUCCGCCUCUGGUCGCGCGUUGCGUGAGGUUGCCAACAGAGUCCUCGCCGUUUCAGCCAAGCGAAGGACUCGCUGGAGCCGGGCGAUCCUUACGGGUCAACUUAGUCUCCGACUUGCUCAGAUCAAUAAGAAACACAAGAAAGCAUCAAAGCCGACUACUGGUGGUUCCAGGUCGAAGAAACGAGCUGUGAAGAAAAAACGGCCGCCUGUGCAGAGUAAAGUGCGGGUUUUGGGAAGAUUAGUUCCCGGUUGCCAGAACCUUGCAUUGCCUAACCUUCUAGAAGAAACGACUGAUUACAUUGCGGCUCUGCAAAUGCAAGUCAACGCGAUGACUUUCCUCACUGGCCUCCUUACAAGCGGCGGCUCAUUGACCGCUUCUUCUGAUCGCCUCGGCUCUGAUCAGUAGGGAAUUACUUAUAUUGGGAAAUUUUUAUUUUAUUUUUUAUUUUGAAUAUUUAUGAAUCAAUUUUUUAAAAGCCUGUGUAGCUGUGUUAAUAACUGGGAAGUAAUUAUAUUUUGCCUAAAUUAGUAAAA